UUAUAACUAUACUAGGGGACAACCCCACAUAGUCAUCAGGGACCAUUUCAUGAAGCUAUUUAGCAGACAAUUCUGCUUACCAAAUUUCUUUGCUAUCCCGAAAAGAGUGUGGCACCAGCGGCAUCAAGGUUAACUUCAUGGAAGGUUGGCUGGUAACCAGUUUCUGUUGAGCAAUAUUUUUUAUGCUUAGCAAGUUGUUAUGCUUACAGCCUUUAUGCAAAUAAAUUGCGCCAAGGUACGAAAUGAAACCCAAUCCACACAUACAGAAGGCUCAGCAUGGAUGAGGAGAAAUCAGGAAACCAUCCAAGCUGACGUGAAUAUUAAUAUAACCGCUUUUAUUAAUCAUGAUCGGGAAAACUAAGAUCAUAAGCUAAAUCCACUUAUAGUAGCGGUUCAUAGCGCAGAGUUUCAAGGACUACAAUCAUGCAAUAAGGCUGGCUUCUUAGAAUGCCGUUUCAUGAUGAAACUCGCAGGUACAGUAGUAAUGUAUUACUUUACAAAGCACAACACUAAAGUGUGAAUUGGUUCAUUUUUUUCACCCAACUCUCUGAAGAUGGCAGGGAUGAAGAGAAUCUUAAGCGGUCUCUUUGUUAUGCUGAUCUUGCUGAGUUUGAUUUCAAAAGGAUAUGGAGAAGUCGAGACUCCUUCUCCUUAUUUUGACGAUUAUGGCAACACUAUUGCUGCACCAGUGGCCCCACCAGUCACCACUGUGGCCCCACCAGUCACCACUGUUGCCCCGCCAGUCACCACUGUUGCCCCGCAAGUCACCACUGUUGCCCCGCCAGUCACCACUGUUGCCCUGCCAGUCACCUCUGUUGCCCCACUAGUCACCACUGUGGCCCCGCCAGUCACCACUGUUGCCCCGCCAGUCACCACUGUGGCCCCACAAGUCACCACUGUUGCCCCCCCAGUCACCACUGUUGCACCACAAGUCACCACUGUGGCCGCACCAGUCACCACUGUUGCCCCGAAAGUCACCACUGUUGCCCCGAAAGUCACCACUGUUGCCCCGCAAGUCACCACUGCUGCACCAGUCACUACUAGUGCCCCGCAAGUCACCACUGUGGCAGCACCAGUCACCACUGUUGCCCCGCCAGUCACCACUGUUGCCGCACCAGUCACCACUGUUGCCCUCCAAGUCACCACUGUUGCCCCCCAAGUCACCACUGUUGCCCCCCAAGUCACCACCAUUGCCAGCACAGGUGCUCCCGAUGAGACAACUGAAGUUUCACAAGAGACAACAUCAGCAACUUCAGUAGCUGUAUCUGACCGUUGGAGCUGCGAGAAAGAUCGAAAAGCUGCUCGCUUCGUCUUGAGUGAGUUGACUGAGACUCAAGGUCGGCUCAUGAUCGAUGUCACAGCGCCCUCUGUUGUCUCAUGUAUGAACCUCUGUUUCGGUCACAGUGAAUGUGCGGUGUUCGCUUUAAACAAAGUGACACUUCAGUGCUCCAUUGAGGUAGACGAUCUCGACUAUCCAAUAUUUGAAGGUAUUGAUGCCAAUUAUGCAGUGUAUAAAAUGCUGUAAAAUAUGCGCGGUGUUCGCUUUAAACAAAGUGACACUUCAGUGCUCCAUUGAGGUAGACGAUCUCGACUAUCCAAUAUUUGAAGGUAAAAAAAAAAACCAACAAAUCAACGAAUAGGGAGACUGCCAAUUUCGGGCUAGAUAGCUCAGUUGUAAAAGCGCCAAAAUAUUGAUUCAGAGGUUGUGUAGGUUGGUUCAAAUGCCACUCUAGUAAAUUUGUCUUUGUCAAACAAUUUUAUUCUAAGUAUUUCUGUGAUGGUGGUUGUUCCUCCAUUUUCUUUAAAAAAUAAUUGAGAGAAUUAAAUAAAAGGGAGCCUCGGUUUCAAUUGGCCUGAACCAAUUGAAACUGAGGCUCCCUUUUCAUUUCUGUAAAUUUAUAGUGCCUCUAGAAAGUAAUGGUGCACCCCUUUGUUUAAAGCCAUUGGACCCUUUCGGUUCAGAAAAAAAAAAAAAGUUCACAGAUUUACAAAUAAC